GGCACCAUGCGGAGCUUGCGCGUAACUCCGCCGCCGCCGGUGCUGCUGCUGCUGGUGCUGCUACUGCUGCUGGCCGCGGGGCACGGAGCCGUCAUCACUGGGGCCUGUGACCGAGACCAGCAGUGUGGAGGAGGGAUGUGCUGUGCCAUUAGCCUCUGGAUCCGCAGCCUGCGGAUGUGCACACCCAUGGGAAACCUGGGAGAGGACUGCCAUCCUUUGAGUCACCGAGUUCCCUUCUCUGGGCAGCGGAUGCACCACACCUGCCCGUGCCUCCCCGGCCUGGCCUGCCUACGGACCUCUCCCGGCAAAUUCAAAUGUUUACCAGGCUUCAGAAAAAAAGAUGUCUUCUUUUAGCAGGAGCUGUUCUGCACCAGAAAGAGCUACUUGAUGUAUUCUUUCUCUUAUUAUUGUGAUGAGCAAGGUACUUGCCAGGGGAAACCCUUCACCAUAAUUUCCUGCCUCACCAACAUUAAAACUGAAGACGAGACACUGUGCUGUGCUGGCCAAGGUUUACAGGAGGGACUUCUGCUGGGAGGUGCUUUCAUUUUGGGGUGAGCAAAAUGACAUCUGCUAACACAAUGCUGCUUUCUGAGAACAGGGGCUUGAUUUCUGAGCCAUCUCCUGCUCUUUACAGCUUCAUCUUCACCCCAGAAUGAAACCAUCUGAGAUUAUCGCCAGGGUUGGAAAACUCUGGCCAUGUUUUUCCACUUUGGAAUGCUUGAAUCGAACUGAGAGUUGAAUAA